AUGCCUCCACUUUCGGGAAAACUUCACCACGACAUGCGACAGUCGAGCUUGCCUCAGUCGAAUGCAAAUUCGAUUACUGGGCACCACGCUCAAUCAGGAUGGCGUGUGUCCAAUCCACUCGAAUUCCAAUUGGGCCAUGGAGUGAAGGACGAUGCUAACUCUACUCCAAGUUGUCGUGUGAAUUUGCCUCCUCCACCAUCUCGAUCAUGUUGUUGUGGUCAUUACCUGUUUAAUGUUCUCGAACUUUUCAUUCUCUCCUCACCUCUUGCCUUCUUCUCUUCGCCAGCAUGGUACAGAUGUGAGCCGCCUCAAUAUCUGUCUCCAUCGCCAUUUCCUCCUGGUGCUCAUUCGAACGGAGGCGUGAUGGGCAGACCAGAUUGUGGUUUAUGGAAGCCAAUGGAAUAUUCUUGUAGUUGGAAGAAUCGUGAGCCAUCUGCACUGAGCUCUCUAUUAUUCAACACCACCUUCGAAGAACCUGCUUGUUCGAAAUUCGACACUUUCAACACGGUGUCACAGCACGUGUCCCAGACUGUUUUUGAAGAACAAGAUGCACCAUUGGAUUUGAGUAUUCACUCAAAUCAGACCACCAAUAGUGGUGCUAAUCAACGCCACUUUCUACCUUCAGCUAAUGCUCCACUUUAUUCCCCAAGUAAACGAUUGUCAAAAUACAUCAAUUAA